AUGCAAAGUAAUGACCCUAGAGAUGAGCUUUAAAAAGCAAGAGUCACUCUAAAAAUUAACGAUCUGAUGUAAAAAAGCUUAUAACUCCAAAGUUAGGUAUAACUAUUAUAACAAGAGGUAGAGCUCAAUAAGGUAAAGCUCCAAAGUGCCCGUUAAAGAUAAUAUAACAUUAGAUUUACAGCUAUUUUCCUAUUUUUGCUGCUACUAUUUACUCUUGCUCUACAAAACACAUAUGCGAUUAAACUAUUCUUAAAAGAAUUAUUUGGAAUUUAAAGUCAGCACAAAUUUCACAUACAUGAGCUAGAUGCUAUUUGGAAUCAGAGUAGAAGCCUAAAUCUAGAUUAGAAUUGCUAAAAUAAUAGAUUAGCUCUUAAGGGUGAUAUUACUGGGAUUAAAACUAUUGAUCUAGUUGAUGCAUUAGACUCUAUCACUCAGCUUGAUAAAAAGCCUGAAAUUACUUAGAUCAAAUAUCAAAUCCUACAGCUCUACCACAAACUUGAAAGCAAAAGCAAUGAGGCUGAUUACACUAUCGAUAGACUGUUUAGAAAUAUUACUUAAUCUGAUAACAGAUAGCAAUAAAUGAGAGAUUUAAUAAUGGAUGUUGAUAGUAUGAUUUGCUUGAUUUAGAAUGAUAAAAAUUAUGGCAUGUACGGCAAGCUAUAAAAAUAUGUAGACUAAUUGUAAAAAUUAAAAGCUAGUCUUGACAAUUAUUCGAAGUUUUAUUGA